UGUUGCUUUGCAUUGUAUGAACUUUAGUCGAAUAAGAUAUCUUAUAGUUAUAGUAUUAAAUUCUUAUAAUUGAUCUUUUAAUUAUAAAUAUUUAAGUAAAUAAAAUUAUAUACACACACAUAUAUAUAUAUAUAUGUGUAUAUAUACAUAUAUGUUUAUAAAUAUUUACAAAAUUUUAUUUUAAUAUUCAUAAAAUGCAAAAAUUAAUAUUUAUAAUUUUUUUUCUCUUUCAAUUCUAUAUUGUUGGCGGUGACGAAAAUUGCUCCGAAAUUAUUAAACGGGACCAAUGGACUAAUAUAAAAGCAAAAAAUAUAAAUUAUUUAAUUAUUCCCAUUCCAUAUGUUAUAAUUCAUCAUACAGUUAGUUCGGAAUGUAAUUCCAAAGAUACAUGUAUUUCUAAUAUCGAAAAUAUUCGUUCUUAUCAUAUGGAUACCAAAGAAUGGCAUGAUAUCGGAUAUUCAUUUUUAAUUGGUGGAGAUGGAAAUAUAUACGAAGGUUGUGGCUGGAAUCAUGAGGGUGCUCAUACGUAUGGAUAUAAUAAAAAAUCCAUUUCAAUUGCUUUCAUAGGAAAUUUUCAAAAAAAGAGUCCAAGUAACAAAAUGUUAAAUGCUGCACAUAAAUUAAUUCUUUGUGGUAAAUCACAAGGGAUUCUUAGGGAAGAUGUUCGGGUAAUCGGAGGUAAACAAGUUACAGCUACGGAAAGUCCUGGAUUUGAACUUUAUAAACAGAUUCAAAGUUGGCCUGAAUGGGUUUCUACUCCAUAGUCAUAUAAUUUUAAUUAAAUGUAGUAAACUUAUUUAGUAAUUACUAAAUAAUAUUCUUUAGCAAAUAAUGUAUUUACAUUAUAUAUUUUUAUCAAAUAAAUUGAUGCAUCAUAAAAUCGAA